AUGUCGACAGAUAUCAAGACAGAGAUUGAAAGUAACCCUGAACUGUACGGGUUGCGUCGGUCUGGAAGGGCCAGAUCAAGACCGUUAACUAUGGCUGACGAUUCCGAGGAGGACGAAUAUCAAGGGUCUGUGAAGAAACAGACGCGUCAAAAGCGGUCGUUUUCGGACGACGAGGCCGCUCUCGAGGACGACGUGGUCGAUUCGGACGAUUCGGACUACGUGAAGAAGAGAAAGCCCGGACGGCCUCGCAAGAAGAAACAACCAGUUGUCAACUCGUCAGAGCAGUUUCCAGGGUUCACGGAGUUGAGAUUGUCCAGCAGAAAUAGUCGGGCCGUGAACUAUGCGCAGGACGUGGACGACGACGAGUUUCUGGAGUCCGAUGACGACGCUGAGCUUGACGACAACACCGGGGCCUAUUAUUACGAGGAGCCGGUCGAAGUUGUUCCCGAGGUGGGAAUCGACCAGGUUCUGGACCAUCGGGUCAUUGGAGAAGAGUCCAGUUCCGACGACGAGGAGGAGUCCAAUUCGGACAGCGCCUCGGACUCCAAAGCUCAACAUAUCAAACAGGCUCUGGCCAACGGAGAUCCAAAGACAGAGUUCGAGUAUAUGAUCAAAUGGACCGAUACUUCCCAUCUGCACAACACCUGGGAGACUUAUGAAAGUCUCAAGAGCAGAAACCUCAAGGGAAUGAAAAAGGUGGAUAAUUACAUCAAUUUGUACAUUAUUACUGACAGAGAAGUCAGAAAAGAUCCGUUUGUGACCCGCGAGGAUAUAGAGCAGAUGGACCUGGAACUAGAGAACCGCAGAGACAAUUUACAGGAGUACAAGAAGGUCGAGCGGAUUGUCGACAGCGAGAGAGUCACUCUGGACAGCGGCGAGUCGGAACUGAAAUACUUUGUCAAAUGGAAGAGACUCAAUUAUGACGAGAGUACUUGGGAAUCUGCUAGCGAGAUUGCUCCUUUGGCUCCUCAGGAGGUCACCAAGUUCCAGAACAGACAGAACUCCAAGAUUCUUCCCGGUUUAUCAGCGUCGUACGGAUCCAACAGACCGCGUUUUGAGAAACUGACCUCGCAGCCAUUGUUCAUUAAAAACGGUGAGCUUCGAGACUUCCAGUUGACUGGAUUAAAUUGGAUGGCCUUUUUGUGGUCCAGAAACGAAAAUGGUAUCUUGGCAGACGAAAUGGGAUUGGGAAAGACCGUGCAGACCGUCUCUUUCAUUUCGUGGCUCAUUUACGCCAGAAGACAGAACGGUCCGCACUUAGUUGUUGUUCCAUUGUCUACUGUUCCCGCCUGGCAAGAAACUUUUGAGAAAUGGGCCCCAGAUGUCAAUGUGAUCUACUAUAUGGGUAACACCAAGUCUAGAAAGGCCAUCAGAGACUACGAGUUUUAUGUGGGCGGAAACCGCAAGAAGGUCAAGUUCAACGUGCUUCUCACCACUUACGAGUACAUUCUCAAGGACAGAUCGGAGUUGGGCAGCUUCAAGUGGCAGUACAUGGCUGUUGAUGAGGCCCACAGACUGAAAAACGCAGAGAGUUCGUUGUACGAGAGUUUGAGCGAGUUUAAGGUUGCAAACAGACUGCUGAUCACAGGUACUCCGUUGCAGAACAACCUCAAAGAACUUGCUGCUCUGUGUAACUUCCUGAUGCCUGGAAAGUUCAAGAUCGACCAAGAGAUCGAUUUCGACACUCCCGACUCGGAAGCCGAGGGAUACAUCAAGACGUUGCAGUCGGAGAUCAAGCCGUUCAUUCUUCGGAGACUUAAAAAGGACGUGGAGACGUCGCUUCCUGGAAAAACCGAGAGAAUUUUGAGAGUUGAUCUUUCCGACGUUCAGACAGAAUACUACAAAAACAUCCUGACCAAGAACUACGGGGCCUUGAACCAAGGGUCUAGAAACUCCCAGAUCUCGCUUUUGAACAUCAUGGCCGAACUGAAAAAGGCCUCUAAUCAUCCUUACUUGUUUGACGGCGUGGAAGACCAUGUUCUUGCCAAAGUCGGCUCUCAUUCCAGAGAAAACAUCCUGAAAGGAUUGAUCAUGUCUUCUGGUAAGAUGGUUUUACUGGACCAGCUUCUGAACAAGCUCAACAGAGACGGCCACCGUGUUUUGAUUUUCUCCCAGAUGGUGAGAAUCUUGGACAUCAUUGGAGACUAUUUGCAACUGAAGGGCCACGCUUUCCAACGACUGGACGGUACGAUCAGCUCGCACAAGAGAAGACUUGCCAUUGAUCAUUUCAAUGCUGAAGGGUCCAAGGACUUUGUUUUUUUGCUGUCCACCAGAGCCGGUGGUUUGGGUAUCAAUCUGAUGACCGCAGAUACUGUUAUUAUCUUUGACUCUGAUUGGAACCCGCAAGCAGACUUGCAAGCUAUGGCCAGAGCGCAUCGUAUUGGACAGAAAAACCACGUGAUGGUGUACAGAUUUGUUUCCAAGGACACAGUGGAAGAGCAAGUUCUGGAGCGUGCGAGACGGAAGAUGAUCUUGGAAUAUGCCAUUAUCUCUCUUGGAAUCACCGACAACAACAAGUCCAAGACAAAGACGGAGCCUACAUCUGGCGAGUUGAGCGAGAUUUUGAAGUUUGGUGCUAGCAACAUGUUCAAAUCCUCGGACAACCAGAAGAAGCUGGAGAAUCUUGAUCUGGAGGACGUCUUGAACCAUGCUGAAGACCACGUGACCACGCCGGACCUGGGAGAGUCCAACCUGGGAGGUGAGGAGUUCCUGCGACAGUUCGAGGUGACUGAUUAUAAAGCCGAUGUCGACUGGGACGAUAUCAUUCCUGAGGAUGAGCUCAAGAAGAUCAAGGAGGACGAGGAAAAGCGGAAGGAAGAGGCGUUCUUGCAGGAGCAGAUCGAGAUGGCUUCCAGAAGACGUCUUGCUGCGGUCAAGAAGCCGGAGUACGACGAGUUCGACGAGGACGAGACUCCAACAAAGCGCCAGAAGAAGCUCGACAUGAACAAGCUGACCGAGUCGCAGAUCAGAAACGUGUACCGGGCCAUUUUGCGGUACGGCGACAUUAGUGAGCGGUUGGAAGAGCUUGUUGCGGAUGGUACGUUGCCAAACAAGAACAUCAAGAUCCUGGACCAGUGUCAGAAAGACAUUGUCGACACGAGCAAGAAACUUGUUGCAGAGUACGAGGCCAAGCGGGCUGAAGAGCUCAAGGAAUUGGAAGCUAAGGCCAACGAGGAGAAAGAGAAACUGGCCAAGGCCACGCCUCGUGCGGACGGCCAGCCUCAUCCUACGCCGGCUAUGCAGCUUUAUCUGUCGAGAAAGCGUGACAAGAAGGCCAUUUUGUUUGAUUACAAAGGUGUCAAGAACAUGAACGCUGAGGUUGUUCUUACCAGACCGGGCGAGUUGCAACUGUUGAGAGACGUGAUGCCCGAGGACCCGCUCAAGUUCAAGCUCGUGAAGGAACCAAAGCCUGUGAACGGCUGGUCGUGCAAAUGGACGUCCAAGCAGGACACAAUGCUUCUUAUUGGAGUGUACAAGUUUGGAUACGGAGCUUGGCCCCAAAUUAGAGACGACCCGAUUCUGAACCUGCAGAACAUGAUGUUCCUGGAAAGUCCGCCUGCGGGCGCGUCGAAGGAGGAGAAGGAGAAGCUGAGCAAGCGGAUUCCUGCGUCGAUCCACCUGGUGCGGCGUACGGACUACCUGCUUGGGUUCUUGAAGGAGUUCCAGAACGGGCCUGCUACCAGUGUUUCUGAGACCAAGGAGCCCAAGAAAGCGAGCCGGCCGAAGAAGGUGGUGAAGAAAUCGAGCACGCCGGACGUUGAAUCGAAGACAGGAACCCCGAACGGCGGCGGGUCGGGCACGUCGUCGCCGGCCGCGUCGUCGCAGCCAACUCUUUACCAGGUGAUGAAAAAUUCCAAGAACGGAGCUACAGAGAAGCCAAAGAAGAAACCUACGUCCAGCAAGGGAAAGAGCGAGGUCGAAUUGUUGAAGCCGGUCGACAAGUACCUUAAGAUCUGGGAAAGCAAGGGAAAGGGGCUGGAUAAGGCCGAAUGGGGGUCGAAGCUUAAAGACUCCUUGAUCAACAUUGGUAACCAGAUCGAAAAAGUUUCCAAAACAGACGCCAAGCUGAACAGCGAACUAUGGGCCCACGCACAGAAAUCAUGGCCAAACGCAGGAGUGAGCGCCCAGCUGAUCAAGAAAAUGUACCUCAAGAAGAUCAACCAGCAAAAGUGA